AAUAAACGCAAAGUUAAAGUUAUUAUUGAAUGUUUUAAUUUAAUAUCCUGAAGAUCCCCGGUUCCUAGCGCACCACGCGCUACAAUUUGGUGGAGGCGCCGACGCCAAAGCCCCAGUAUAAUUUUCAGGUCAUUACCGCGAAAAAGUCGCGUGGUGACACGACGUCGAAGACGGGAAGGAGAGCCUGGAAGAUUAACCCUGGGCACUGAUUCUAAUGAAAUAUUGGAAUACGGAGAAAAGAGCUAAGUGGAAUUUAUUUAUUUAAUGUAGGAAAAUGUCCAAAGAUAUUCAGUUUUUCUCCGGAGUCGAUGACAUAUCAGUCGACGACUUUCUUUUCGAAUUUCGCACAAUUGCGGCGAUAAAUAAAUGGAAAGAAAACGAUUUUGCACUACUACUAGGUGCAUAUUUGCAAGGUCCCGCUCUUGCGUAUUACAAAUAUAUUUAUGUCGAUGGGAUUGAAUAUAAAACCAUAUGCGACAAAUUAAGGGCAGAAUUCCCUGAUAAUGUAAAUUAUGUAGAAAAAUUCUACAACGCUCGACAGGAGCAAGAAGAAGAAUUGUUGUCAUAUUAUUAUCGUCUGGGUGGCUUACAGACAAAAGCGAAUAUUGUAGACGACAAUAUUUUUAUAAAAACAUAUUUAAAAGGGCUUAUUUCUAAAUAUAAAGCCAUAUUAAGCUCACAACUAUUCGCAACCAAAUCUGAGCUGCGUGAAACGCUGGUACAAGUGAGAUAUCUGUUCGGAAAAGAACAAAAUCAAAUUAUCAAUUUGCCUGUCAUUCCACCGAGGAAUGAUGACAGGAAAUUCUAUGACGUGGGAAAUAAAAGAAAUGCCCCUUGUUCACAUGUUAAUACACAUAAUGCUUUUAGUGUGGAGAAAGAAGCACCGCCCAGCAAAGAUGUGGAAAUGGAGCAGCAUGAUGAGGAGCAGCAUGCGGAGCAGCCUGUGGAACUGCUGGCGAUUGGAUCGGAAGUAGAAUAUAAGUCUGGUGAGACCGGUCCAAAUAUUAAUGUGUUGAUUGCUCAACAGGAGUUCAGGGCGUUAGUCGACACAGGAGCGUCGAUUUCCUGUUUAUCUGAGGCGUUCAUUUCAGAACUCAACAUUAAAUACACCAAGAACAGUUCUUAUGAAGCUUCUUCAGUCUCUGGCGCGCAGUUGCAUGUACUGGGCGAAACAUACAUAAAUUUUUUGAUAGAUUCGUGUUUAUUUAGGCAUAAAUUUCUAAUUAUAAAAAAUAUUCGCCAAAAUAUAAUUUUAGGAAGAGAUUUUCUUUCCAAAAAUAAUUGUAUUAUAGAUUUUUCCAAAAAUAAUUUAAUUUUAAAAACGAGGUUCAUUGCAAAAUUUAUUAAAACUGACAUUGUCGGAAAAGAUAGAUUAGUGUCAAAUAUGCUGACAGAUAAGGGUCACCAUAGUGACAAAAAUAAUGACAAAAUGACAUGUGACAUUGAUAACGAAAUAAAGAAAAUUAAUUAUAUUUAUUCUCGAAAUAAAAUAAAAGCAAAGUAUAAUCGGAAUAAAGUUUUGCGAAAGCGACAUAAACGUGUUGUUUCGAAAUCUAGGAAGACUUCCACGUCAUCAAAGGAACGAGUUGUACGAGCAUUGCCGGUGAAGGGAUAAGAAGGUGAGCUACUUCAACUUCGUGAGAAGAUGAUGUCCACGGCAGAGCUACUUCAUCUUCAAUAUGAAGGAAGAUGAAGAUAACCAAUGUGGUCAAGCCUGUGUUAUUUUUAUAAG